UCCGCGUCCUUAACGUUCGUCCUCAGUGCAGGAUAACGACACAUCUCUCACCUUUACGAGAAACAUUUUAUUUGGUUAGUUGCACUUUCGUUCGCGGCGUUCAGCCUGACUACUACGCGACCGAGCACGAUUUUAUGCUUCAACGCCUGACGUUUUGACAGAUCUCUGGACAAUCAUAUUUCUCACUGCUGACUAUGGAUGUAAUUGUGCGUCGCUGCCCAUUCCUGGCACGUGUGCCUCAGGCCUUUUUUCAGCAGUCCAAAAAAUUUAUGGUAAUGUACGCCCAGAAAUGCCCCAUCAUGAUGGAGCUGGCCUCAAAACCUAUGGCCCCAUCAAUGGCACGGGCACUCUGUUCUUCCUCAUCCUCUUCGUCCUCCUCUCACAUGAAGCCUGAGGACACUGUGUCUGCCACUGAAGGCCCUAAUCAAGGAGUGGAGUUGCCCUCUGGUCACCCUCUGCCUCCUUCAGGACAGGCAGUGCCCUCAAAAUGCCCUUUUCUGGCCGCUGAGAUGGGCCACAAACACAGCAGUGUGGUCCGUCAAGUUGGCUUAGAGUUCCAAGAGGAUGUUCAGGAAGUCCGCACUGUCCAGAAAGAGGUGUCUACUACCCAGCUGGAGAAGCCAUCUCUGGUUAGUGCCCCUAAGGGUGAGCAGACUAAUCUAAUCAAGACCCUCCUGAAACAACGACCUAAAAGGGUCUCCCACCUGCUGCAGGACAACUUGCCAGGCAUCAUGUCCCCCUUCCAUUACGAUGACUUUUUUGAGAAGAAGAUCGAAGAGAAAAAGAGUGACCACACAUACCGUGUGUUUAAGACGGUGAAUCGUCUGGCCAGCGAGUUCCCCAUGGCUGACGACUUCACAAGCUCUCUAGAGGAUAAGAGAGAGGUUUCUGUGUGGUGCAGCAACGACUACCUGGGCAUGAGUCGACACCCUCGAGUUGUGCAGUCCAUCAUGGAUACUUUACGAAAGCAUGGGUCAGGGGCAGGAGGCACAAGGAACAUCUCUGGGACCAGUAAGUUCCAUGUAGAACUGGAACACGAACUGGCUGACCUCCACAAAAAGGACGCUGCGCUGCUGUUCACCUCCUGCUUCGUAGCCAAUGACUCCACCCUUUUCACCCUCGCCAAGAUGCUGCCUGGCUGUGAGAUCUACUCUGAUGCAGGCAACCAUGCCUCUAUGAUCCAAGGUAUCAAGAACAGCGGUGCUAAGAAAUUUAUUUUCCGACACAAUGAUGUGGCCCAUCUCCGCGAGAUGCUGCAGAAGGCCGACCCCACCAAACCUAAGAUUGUGGCCUUUGAGACUGUCCACUCAAUGGAUGGUGCUGUGUGUCCACUGGAAGAGAUGUGUGAUGUCGCCCAUGAAUUUGGUGCCAUCACCUUUGUAGACGAGGUUCACGCUGUGGGCCUGUAUGGUGCCAGAGGAGGGGGCAUUGGAGACCGGGAUGGUGUCAUGCACAAGAUGGAUAUCAUCUCUGGGACACUAGGCAAGGCCUUCGGCUGUGUGGGCGGUUAUAUUGCAAGUACUUCUGCCUUGGUGGACACGGUGCGUUCCUACGCUGCUGGCUUCAUCUUCACAACCUCUUUGCCUCCCAUGCUGUUGGCCGGGGCCAGGCAGUCCAUCCAGGUUCUGAAAGGGGAAGAGGGACGUGCGCUGAGACGUAAACACCAGCGUAACGUCAAGCUGCUCAGACAAAUGCUGAUGGACUCAGGGCUUCCUGUGGUGCACUGCCCCAGCCACAUCAUCCCAGUCCGGGUUUCAAAUGCGGAGAAAAACACGGAAGUGUGUGACCUCAUGAUGAGUCGUCACAACAUCUAUGUGCAGGCCAUCAACUAUCCCACCGUUGCCAGGGGAGAGGAGCUCCUGCGUAUCGCGCCAACCCCUCACCACACCCCUGAGAUGAUGAAAUAUUUUGUUGAGAGGCUGGUGCAAACUUGGAAGGAGGUGGGUUUGGAGCUGAAGCCCCACUCGUCAGGCGAGUGUACGUUCUGCCAGCAGCCACUGCACUUUGAGCUGAUGAGCGAGCGAGAGAAGUCGUACUUCAGCGGCCUCAGCCACAUAAUCUCAGCCUGCGCAUAACACUACUGGCUCUGGCCAUUCCUCUAUCACUGUCAUAGAAUGUAUUAAUAAUCUAUGAGUCCUCCUACACAUAUUUAAUCUCUAUGUUUAGAUGUUCUAUAUGCUCCUAAUAAAAUAUGUGAAGGGAA